UGAUUUAACAUUGUUUCAUUGUGGACAUUAAUAUUAGGCGCCUUAGAGGGAGAAAUGGAGUCCUGUGUCGGCCUUCCGCUGUUGUCAAUCUGCGCAGCCACCUUCUACUCGUUGGCGUCCACGGUGGCCCAGUUGAUGAUGGAGAGUGAAACAGCUCGCGAAUCAUUCUUCUGGGCGCAUUUAGCCGUGCAUAAUUUAUUACACCUGAUAAUGACCAUUACCCUCAUCAUACUCGUGGAUAGAGCGACUUCAAAGAAUGGAAACAUUGUGAAGAUAUCCCGGCAAAUGCUGGCAGAUUCGAUCCGGCUACGCCACGAUGAGAUGUACGGACCGGGCCAGCCAACGGAUGACGAACAGGUGGCUAUCAGACAGAGAAGCAGCCCGGCAAAGAACAGCAGUGUCGCCGCCACCGGAGUGCCGUCGCGGCGUGGUACCGUCUCGGUCAUGGAACGGGUAAUGACGGCUGCCAAGUGGUAUUGUCCUCAGCAGUUCUACGCGUUUCGGAUGGUCACGGUCAAGCGCGUCAUGAUCUUCACUGUAAAACCAGACCAGCAUGGAUGCCAGUAAAGCAAUUCUCGAUCAGCCUAGUCGUGCUAGCUGCUUUAUUCUUUUGGGACCGGAGGGAGGGUUUCGCGGGAGGCGGCUGCCCGGGCCAGACCGGGAACCGGACAGCAGUCCAGUCUAGCAACACGACAGCCACGGAAUUAUAAUUUAAUUCAACAAAGCAUUUUAUACCGCAUACCCUUCGCGUUAUAUUAAUCAUACCUGUAUAUGUCACAUUAACCACAGCUUUUUACAGUAGAAAUGAAAAUUAAUAUGAUUGUUACUGGAUUUUUUAUUUGUGUCGGUUGACUGCAGAAAAACGUUUUAUCAUUUUUAGACGUUACAAUAAUUAAGGAUGUUA